AUGGAAAAGAUACAUAACAUUGAUGAAUUCAAAGGCCAAACAAGAUUACCCAAUUUUGCAAUUCCAAAAAAAUAUGAACUUCACUUAACACCUAAUUUUUCAACAUGCAAAUUUUCAGGCACAGUUAAAAUCAACCUCUCCAUCAAUGAAAAAACCAAGUUUCUUGUCUUAAACUCCUUGGAACUUGCUAUUCAAACUACUAGCUUCACCAACUCUUAUGGCAAGUUUACUCCAUGUGAUGUUGUUGUGGAUGAUGAGGAUGAUUUACUUGUACUUGUGUUUGAUGAAACACUUUGUGUUGGAGAAGGUUUCUUGGUGAUUGAGUUUUCUGGUAUCCUCAAUGAACAUCUUAGAGGAUUCUACAGAUGUACUUAUGUUGAUGGAGAAGUGAAGAAAAAUAUGGCAGCAACACAGUUUGAGGCAGUAGAUGCGAGAAGGUGUUUUCCAUGCUAUGAUGAACCUGCUUUAAAGGCAACUUUCAAGGUAACACUUACUGUGCCAUCGGAGUUAACAGCGUUAUCUAAUAUGCCAGUUGAAAAUGAAAAGCUAGAUGGUGAAUUAAAGACGGUUUAUUUCGAGGAGUCUCCUCUCAUGUCAACUUAUUUGGUGGCUGUUGUUGUCGGCUUAUUUGACCAUAUUGAGGAUACAACUAGUACUGGGGUUGUGGUUGGUGUAUAUUGUCCGGUUGGAAAGAGCGAUCAGGGGAAGCUAGCAUUGGAUAUAGCUGUGAAGUCACUAGAAAUAUAUACCAAGUACUUCUCAGUGCCUUAUCCACUUCCCAAGCUGGAUCUAGUCGCAGUUCCUGAGUUUUCUGCUGGAGCCAUGGAAAAUUAUGGUUUAAUCGUAUAUAGAGAAAGUGAUCUACUUUACCAUGACUUGCACUCUCCACCUUCUAAGAAGCAAAGAAUAACAAUUGUGGCAGCGCAUGAAGUAGCUCACCAAUGGUUUGGAAAUUUGGUAACUAUGGAAUGGUGGACUCAUUUAUGGCUCAAUGAAGGUUUUGCAACUUGGAUAAGUUUCAUGGUCACCAACAUCUUAUAUCCAGACUGGAAUAUUUGGAGUCAGUUUCUUCUAGAAACUUCUAAUGGUUUACAAAUGGAUGCACUGGAAAAAUCACAUCCAAUUGAGGUAGAAAUACAUCAUGCACGUUCCGUUAUUGAAAUUUUCGAUGCUAUCAGCUAUGAGAAAGGAUCUUCUGUAAUUAGAAUGUUGCAAGGUUACCUUGGAGAUGUUACAUUUCAGAAAUCAUUAAGCACAUAUAUAACAAGAUAUCAAGCCAAAAAUGCAAGAACAGAAGAUCUAUGGAAUGUUCUUUCAGAAGUAUCCGGUGAACCGGUGAACUUAAUGAUGAACGCUUGGACAAAGAGCACCGGAUAUCCAGUUAUUCAUGUUCAAUUAACAGAUAACAUUAUGGAAUUCAAACAGUCGCGGUUCCUUUUAUCCGGUCUUCAAGUUGAAGGACAGUGGAUUGUUCCGAUUACCUUGUGUGUUGGUUCAUAUGAAAAACAGAAAAAAUAUCUUUUGGAGAGAAGCGACGGAAGGGUGGAUAUAUCCAAACUGGUUCAGUAUAUUGGUGAUGAUGUAAAUUCAAAUGAAAAGAAGCAUGAUGAGGAUAGUCAAGAAAAUCAAUGGAUCAAAGUCAAUGUUGAUCAAAGUGGUUUUUAUAGGGUGAAUUAUGAAGACAAGCUCGCAAUUCGAUUGAGGAAAGCCUUACAAAACAACUCCUUGCUUCCUACUGAUAAAUUUGGCAUUUUGGACGAUGGAAACGCGCUAUGUGAGGCUUGCGAACAGUCGCUGUUAUCUUUGCUUAUGUUAGUGGAUGCUUAUCGAAAAGAGUUAGAUUAUGUUAUUGUAUCGAGACUGAUUGAAGUUUGUUAUGAUGUUCUGAAUAUCGCCAUUGAUGCCAUUCCAGGCUCGGUGAAUGAAUUGAAGCAAUAUUUUAUCAACCUUCUCAUGUAUUCUGCAGAACGGUUAGGAUGGGAUUCUAUAUCUGGAGAAGACCAUUCUAAUUCACUUUUGAGGGGAGAAGUUAUUAAGGCCUUGGCUACCUUUGAUCACGAUAAAACUCAACAAGAAGCACUACACCGUUUUCAGAUUUUGUUGAACGACAGAAACACUUCUCUGCUUUCAGCCAACACCAGAAAGGCUGCUUAUGUAGCUGUGAUGAGGAGUACUGCUGGUGAAAGCAGGACUGCAUUCGAGUCCCUAUGGAGUUUCUAUAAAAGCAAUGAUGUUUUGCAAGAAAGAGACGAUAUAUUGCGUUGUAUUGCAUCAAGUGCAGACCCAAAUGUCGUUCUAGAGGCUCUAAAUCUUUUGUUGUCUAAUGAGAUUCCAGAUCAAGAUAUCAUAUAUGUACUAGGAGGAAUAAGCUUAGAAGGCAGUGGAAUUGCAGUAAGAUGGUUGAAGGAUAAUUGGGAAAGAAUCUUGGUUAAAUAUGGUUCUGGACUCUUGCUUACCAACUUUAUAAGCCAGAUAGUUUCGUUGGUUAACAGCAAUGAGGAAGCAGAUGAGAUAGAAGCAUUUUUCGGCAGCCGUAUGAAUCCUUCCAUCACUCUGAACUUGAACUUAAGCAUUGAGAAGAUCCGUAUCAAAGCAAGGUGGAUUGAGAGUGUAAAGAAAGAGCACUCUCUGCCAGACUUAGUCAAACAACUGAGUGUAAGGAAUUGA